AUUAUAUAAUCUUCCACGAAGGAAAUAAUAGCGUGCGAAUGACUCCCAGUCCCACUCCCACUCCCACUCCCCCUCUCACAAAAUAUUUGCUUUUUCCUUUGCCCUCAUUUUCCUCAACUACCACGCAACACCCGGCAUUAGCUUCCACACUAUCUCAACCUCCUCGAUCUGAUGAAGUUGGGACGUCACGACUCUGUUUUCAGUCAUCUUCUACGUCAAGAAGAGUUCUUGACCACCAGAAACAGCAAACUGGAUUCCACGUCACACUCCACCAUGUCGAUUCCGGCAAAAAUCUUACCAAGUUUGAACGUAUCCAGCGGGGAAUCAAGCGCGGGCAACACAGGCUGCAAAGGCUUAGUGCAAUGGCCUUGGCAGCCUCCUCAGACAAUUCCCAGGUUGAAGCCCCAGUACAUGCAGGCACCGGCGAGUUUCUGAUGAACUUAGCUAUCGGGACACCGCCGGAGACCUUCUCAGCCAUCAUCGACACCGGCAGUGAUUUAAUAUGGACUCAAUGCAAGCCUUGUACGCAGUGUUAUGACCAGCCCACGCCAAUCUUCGAUCCGAAAAAGUCAUCCUCUUUCUCUAAGAUAUCAUGUAAAAGCCAGCUAUGCGAUGCACUACCCGCGUCAACAUGCGGCGCUGAUGGUUGCUUGUAUUUGUAUCAGUACGGUGACUACUCUAUGACAGAAGGUGUGAUGGCGACUGAAACCUUCACGUUCGGGGACUCCGAUGAUCAGAAAAAGGUUUCCGUUCCCAAAAUUGGGUUUGGUUGCGGAAACGACAACGAGGGAGAUGGGUUCAACCAAGGUGCCGGCCUGGUCGGGCUCGGGCGUGGACCAUUAUCGCUGGUUUCCCAACUCAAGGAACCAAAAUUCUCUUAUUGCUUAACCUCCAUUGAUAACGCCAAAACCAGCUCGCUUUUGUUGGGAUCUCUAGGAAGCGAGAUCAAUGGCACACAGAAGGCAACCAAAAGCACCACCCCUUUGAUAAAAAACCCAUCUCAGCCAUCUUUCUAUUAUCUUUCUCUUGAAGGGAUCUCCGUUGGAAAGACGCGCUUGCCCAUCGAAAAGUCCACAUUUGAGCUCCAAGAUGAUGGCAGUGGUGGCGUAAUCAUAGAUUCUGGGACGACCAUUACUUACAUUGAUGGCAAUGCGUUCGAUUCGCUCAAAAAAGAAUUCAUUUCGCAAGUGAAACUUGAUGUGGACGAUUCAGGUUCCUCCGGGCUUGACCUCUGCUUUAGCAUACCAACCGGCAAAACUGACGUGGAGGUUCCGAAGCUGGUUUUCCAUUUUAAUGGUGCUGAUUUGGAUUUGCCGGGAGAAAACUAUAUGGUGGCCGAUUCAAGCAGCGGAUUGCUUUGCUUGGCUAUGGGGAGCUCUGGGAGCUCGGGCAUGUCCAUCUUUGGGAAUAUUCAGCAGCAGAACUUUUUGGUGAUCCAUGAUCUUGUGAAGGAGACCUUAUCAUUCAUUCCUACGCAAUGUGAUGGACUUUCACUUAAUUGAUCGCGCUGUAUCUGUUGUGUCUUCGAUCAUUUGUUUGUUGUGUCAUGUGUGCACGCUCGCUCUCAUUAUAUAUUUUUCUUCCUACGUACGUAGCCUGCUUUAAUAAAGUGAACAUUUUCCUUGUUAAAA